UCUGUUGGCGUCUCUGUCAUCAAGAUGGUUGAAAAAAUGGAAGUUGAUGAAGCAACUAAGGGAGAAGGUGACCAGAAGAAUACCGAGGGAGAGAAAUCGAAUGAAAAGAAAGACAAGGAACCGGAAAAACCUGUUGAUUUGGACGCAAUCACCCUAGAAAAUCUGAAAGAGUGGUGUAAUCAGCUCGAAAAAGGUGAAACACACGUGUUAUCGCGUAUGUUACAACUAUUACCAAAGACUCGCAAGCAGAUCAAUGCUGAUGUAUUGCAUAAAUUAGUCAGUAAUCAAUUGGCGGCAUUACCGUUGAAUCGCGAACAACUCCUCACUUGGUUACCACCGUUACCUCCAUCUCUGACGACUGUUCCAAUGGAAAUCGAUGUUGGUAGUAAAGGUGGAGGUCGUUCCCCUCGACCCUCAAGACGUGCUGGAAUCGGAGCAAUGUCUCCAACUGCUGAAGUCGAACUCUAUGUUCACCUUCUGGUUUUAGUCUAUUUGGUUGAUCAGAAGCAGUGGAUGAACGCUGAGAAGUGCGCUGAAUCGUUAAUAACACGUCUGGAUUAUUACGACAAACGAUCAGUGGACGCUAUCGCUGCGAAAGCUUUCUUUUAUAUGACACUCAUCUACGAAAGAACUCACAAACUCGAAAUGCUUAGAGCAUAUUUGAAUGGUCGUUUGAGAACAGCUACAUUAAAACGUCAAAGUGAUACACAAGCUGUUCUUAUUGUUUGUUUAUUGCGUGUUUAUCUUCUCGGAAAACACUAUCAAGCGGCCGCUAAACUUGUUUCAAAAGUGACGUUCCCAGAAGGUGCGUCAAACAACGAUCUGGCCAGAUUCUUAUAUUAUCAAGGUCGAAUUAAAGCAAUGCAGUUGGAUUAUACUGCGGCAGCAGGUUACUUUCUGCAGGCAAUUCGCAAGGCACCUCAGGAUUCAGCCAUUGGGUUCAAACAGAAUGUGCAAAAGUGGGUGGUUGUUAUCAAUCUCCUUCAAGGUGAAAUUCCUGAACGAUCUAUAUUCAGAGUGCCAAUACAUAGAAGAACCCUCGCUCCAUAUCUCGAGCUUACCCAAGCAGUUCGAUUGGGUGAUCUGAUGAAAUUCAACAGCGUUCUGGAGAAGCAUGCAGAACGAGUGUUUGGACCUGACGAAACAUUACCACUAAUUGUGCGAUUACGUCAAAACGUCAUCAAGACAGCACUCCGACAAAUAAGCACUGCAUAUUCGUGCAUAUCAAUCAGUGAUAUACGCAAGAAGUUAUUACUGCAAAGUGAUCAUGAGGCCGAGUAUCUGGUUGCUAAGGCCAUAAAAGAUGGUAGUAUUGAAGCGGUGAUAACGUUCGAUACGGAUGUGUCUGAUCGUUAUAUGCAGUCGAAACAAACCGAAGAUAUCUAUCGUACAACUGAGCCACAGACUCACUUCGAUACUCGUAUACGAUACUGUCUCGAAUUGCAUAAUCAAGCCGUUAAAGCGUUGCGUUAUCCAGCCAACAGCCAUAAGGGCGUGGUGGAAUCAAUUGAAGAGCAAAGGGAACGCGAGCAACAGGUUGGUCUUGAAAAGUUUUUAUGGAAUUGGUUUACAUUCUUUGCUGUUGCAGCAUAUCAUUUUCAGAAUAUUUUACGAUUUCAGAAUAUUUAUGAUUAUGAUCUCAGUAUGCGACUGAUAUCAAAUUGGCUGUGUAGAUUAAGUGAAGCGAUCGAUCGAGUGCGACUUGAUCUCAUCAACCAUCAAUUGCAUCCCGCAUUAGCAGUGCCAUUAUCAAAUUUACCGGCGAAUCACAAUUAUGGAAUUGAAGAUUUACUGAAUGAUUUCCGUAUUGUUUUUGGCGUUCCAAAGAUCCGCACUUCAAAACGUAAAUGUUACGAAAAAGUUCGUGAAUUGACGAAUCAGAUAAAAUCGAAAAUGAUGAAUUAUAAUCCGUACAAAGGUGAGCGACAAGACAAAGAAGUGUAUUUACGCUUCAAAAAUGAUGAUAAUAAUUUGCAAAAAGAAGUCAUCGACGGUAAACGAAUAAUCGAGAUCGAGUCUCCUCGACCGACUUGGUUCAAAAAGAAGUUCAAUACUUGA